UUACCAAGACUGAUUAUUAAUUCGAUAGAUGAAAAAUCCAAAAUAUCAACGUUAACAUUAUUAUGUGAAUAUUUACGAAUAUUUACCAAAUCAGAAAUUUCAUUUCCAGUAUUGGAUUCUAUGGAUUAUGUUAAUUAUUUGUUAAGUUCGUUAAUUACAAUUGUUGAAUUUGAUGUUAUUGAUUUAUCGUUAUUGGAAGAUUAUUCAUUUAAAGAUUUCAACGAUGUAUCAAAACUUGGUGCCCCAUGGAAAAAAUUUCGUCAUUUAAACGAAGAAGCCCACGAGAAAAUAUGCGCAGCUUGUCAUGUAAUUGGCAAUCAAAUAACAAAUAAUGGAGCUGAAACAAUUAUUAACAUGUUAUUGGAUCGUUUUCAAACGAUUCAUGAACAACGUAAGGAAAUUGUAUUUUUAUUAAAUACAAUUGCUUCAACACCGAUCGAAAAUAGUACUACAAAUAUUGAAUAUAAACUCGAAAUAAUUGAGAAUAUUCUAGAAGUGUAUAUUGAUACAGAUCAUUGGUAUUUACCAAUAAAAUCAGAUUCAGAUUGUGAAUCGAUUAAAGAAAUUAAAAGUAAUGUUAUACAAGUUUGUUUGAUGACUGAAGGAAUUGGAUUGGCUGCACAGGCUUUGGGUUCAUCGUUUGAUAGAUUUAUGCGACAAACUCUUUACAUAUUGUUGGAACGUGCAGGUAGUACACAAACCUAUGUUUCACUGGCUGGCAUGAAUUCAAUAAAUAUGAUAAAGGACGCUUUAAAUUUUACAAAUGUCACCAGUUUAUUAGUGAAUAACAGUGAUUAUUUACGUUAUCAUAUUAUAAAGAAACUACGCUACGUAGAAUGUAAUUCUGAAGUAUUGGAUGUACUUGGUUUCAUCAUGAGAUACAGUACAAUCGGUAUUUUACCAUGUAUGGAGGAGAUUAUUAGUGAUGCUCUAGUCCAAAGUUUAGAUAAAAUUCAGUACAAAAAUUGGAUACCAUUUAUUCGUCUAUUUCAAAUAUUUGUUAAAACUGUUGCUCAAUGGCAAGAGAAAGAUCGUAAUUUGAAAAUUUUAUUAAGCACCUCUAACGAAACUGGAACUAACGAUACAUACGAUGCGGCCAAAAUGAAUCAACUACAAUCUGAGAAUAUAUUAACCCAAGUAGAUGGAUUACGUGAAAUUGUGAAUGAAUAUGAUGAAAUUGAUGAGGAAUUUAAAAAACGGGAACAAAAUAUGACUACAACUGAAAUGAUUCUGGAGGAUUAUAAGGAGGAGCAACAAAAAUUACAGGAGUUGAAAGAAAUGGAUGAAAUUGACUCAAAUAUAGAUGAAAAUAACAAACCAAAACCACCUCUUGAAAUACAGCUAACAAACGAUAUAAUGAAACGUUGCGUACAUUUUUUACCAUCGAAAGAUGAAAAUUUAAAAAUUCUUACACUUGACGUACUAACAAUUGGUGUGGGAGUAUUGCGUGAAUGGGAGGAUAUAAUAUUACCAAUGGUACAUUUAAUAUGGUCUCCACUUAUUGGUCGUUUCAAAGAGAUAUCAAAUCCAUUAAUUGUAGAUCGUAGUGUAAUUUUAUUACAUACAAUGAUUCAAUUUACGGAUACAUUUUUAGGACGACGAACAUUACCACAAUUAAGAAUAUUAAUAAAAUAUUUAAAAGAUUUAGCACCAGAUAGUCUUUUAAAAGAUAGUAAAUCAGCUUAUCGUUACACUCAACAAUAUAAAUUACAAUUAACAUUAUUAAAAUAUAUUCCGGAAAUUGUUAAAAAUUUAAAAAUUACUGAUGUUGUUUUAUUAAACGAAAUAUUUUCAUCCGGUAUUCCAUACUUAAGUAAUCGUCAACCAAAACCCCUACAAGAAAAUUGUAUCCGUUUCUAUAAAAUAUGUAAUGAAAUCGAUAAAAAUUUAAUAACACAAAUAAUAUUCAACGAUAAAUCGAUUAUAGAAAGCAAAGAAUACAAAUUGAAUUUGAAAAUUUUAAAAAGUUUUAUUGAAGUUGUUUGAUUCUUUGUUCCCGUUUUUUGAACACAAGUGCUAAAAAUUGCAAACCCGGACCAACUCCUCUAUAGUCGACAUACUCAACCC